AUGGUACAGGAGGAGGAAGCAACGAAGGAACCACAUCCACCUGGUGUUCCAACUGCGCACAUCUUACAAAAGUUUUCUGAUGCCCUUUCUUCCUUCACUGUACCUGAUGAGAAAAUUUUGGAGAGGACUUCCAAAGGGUUUUCAAAGUUUCCAGUGCAAGAAAUUGAUGAAUAUUUCGAGCUUGUUGCUAAACUUGGUCGACCACUUUUUAAAUGGGAUAUAAUACGAUGUGCUUUUCUUUGGAAGCUCGAACAAACAAUGUCAGAAAUGCUGUCCAUCGAGGUAGAAAAUGCAGUUACGGAAGAUGAUAAAAAAAUGCUCAUCUCAGAUGAUGAACUGUGUCUGCAACGCCAAUUUAUCUUGCAAAAGGCUGCCGAAUUUGAUGGAACACCUUUUACUUUUCAGAGGCUGUGUGAACUUCUGAUUAGUCCCUCUCGACAUUACAAACGAACAGACAAGUAUCUUCGAGCUUUGGAAAAGAAUAUCAAUGUGGUAACGACAAUUACGGAGAAUGGAGAACGAGUAACAGGAGUAGAGCCAUUUCCGGGAGAGCUAGACAUUAGUCCCACGCUUCGCAUUGAAGAGCCGUUCUUUGUCCAAGUGGAUGAAUGUGAUGCGCCAAUAGAAACGAAAUUGACUACUGCUGGAGAAUAUUUUAGCAGAGGAAACGGAUCUCCAGAAACAGUUAGAAAAGAACUAGCAAUUGGAGAUUGUACUCCAAUCAACUUGUCUCCGUCACGCGAUGCUAAGGAUGAGCUACCUGAAAUUAAACAAGAGAAUUAUUCAAAGCACAAAGCAGAACGAGGCAGCAUACUAACUGAGUCAUUGGCAAAACCGGAACUGCAAAAUGUCAAAUCAGAAGAGAUGAAGAACGGGGACUAA